GAGCACAACAUUGAAAGAGGAAACUGUCAAACACUUGGAUGAGGACAAGAAAGACAGUGUGAAGAACGUGAAAGUUACCGAUGUCAAAGUAGAAGGCAAUACGGUGAAGGUUCACACCGAUGUUGAAGUGAAGAAGACCGAUGACAAGAAGACAGUUGAAGCAGCUGUGAAGAAAGUCGUCGAAACGAGCAGCGAGUUGAAAUCAACGAUUUCGCAAACGGCCACGAAAGACGUGAAACAUGAAGAUGUAAAAUCGACAUCUGUCACUGACAUCAAACAUGAAGACAAGAAGGACACCAACGAGAAGACAACUAGUAACAUUGUCGUCAUUGAACACAAGACGGCCGAGGAAGCACAAAAACACGCAGAAAACAUCGUCAAAGACAAGUCGUCCGUGAGCACAACAUUGAAAGAGGAAACUGUCAAACACUUGGAUGAGGACAAGAAAGACAGUGUGAAGAACGUGAAAGUUACCGAUGUCAAAGUAGAAGGCAAUACGGUGAAGGUUCACACCGAUGUUGAAUGCCACAACAGUGAGGACAAGAAGACAGUUGAAGCAGCUGUGAAGAAAGUCGUCGAAACGAGCAGCGAGUUGAAAUCAACGAUUUCGCAAACGGCCACGAAAGACGUGAAACAUGAAGAUGUAAAAUCGACAUCUGUCACUGACAUCAAACAUGAAGACAAGAAGGACACCAACGAGAAGACAACUAGUAACAUUGUCGUCAUUGAACACAAGACGGCCGAGGAAGCACAAAAACACGCAGAAAACAUCGUCAAAGACAAGUCGUCCGUGAGCACAACAUUGAAAGAGGAAACUGUCAAACACUUGGAUGAGGACAAGAAAGACAGUGUGAAGAACGUGAAAGUUACCGAUGUCAAAGUAGAAGGCAAUACGGUGAAGGUUCACACCGAUGUUGAAGUGAAGAAGACCGAUGACAAGAAGACAGUUGAAGCAGCUGUGAAGAAAGUCGUCGAAACGAGCAGCGAGUUGAAAGGAAGGAUAUUGGAAACGGGCACGGUGGACGUUAAACAUGAUGGUUUGAAAUUUGCGUCGGUUAAAAAUGUGGCUGUUAAUACAUCGAAGAGUCGAGCUUCGUACUUACCUACGGCCGAGGAAUGCAGCCGUUGUCCAUCGGCUUCUGGUGGUCGUUUGUUGUCGUCCAUUAUUUUAAGCGGUGUUCCUUACCGGAAGGCAAUGUCAAACGAGUUUUUGUCUGGUGCGGCAGCUUCUCUUCGUGGUGAGUUGUCGAAGGAGCUCAGGAGCGAAGAGGAACCGCAGUCGUUGAAUAUUGUUACUGUGGAUGGUGACGAUAAGAAUACUGUGGUUAAUUUGGAGUUGAAGUCAAAGGCCGGGUUCCUUGAUGUGAUUAAGGCGAAAUGGCACGAACAGUCAUUCAUCAAGAAGUUUUGGUUACAUUUUCGAUUCGAAAAUCGUUUUGUUCGAAAUGCUACAGCAGAAAAUAAAUGGAAAAAGUUUCAGAAGAUAUGCUAUGGAUAA